AUUGGCAUUAAUAGUUCGUAAAUAUCGAAACUCGUUAUUCAAACAACUAUUCAGAUGUAGAGUUCCUAUAGUUUCUCGUAAGGCUUGUUUGGUAGCUCGUUCUCGGACUUGAUUAAAUGUCCUUGUUGUUCAAACCAAAUCAUUUAAUUUUUGUGGUUUUCUAAUUGUUUCAAAGUCUUACAAACUGAAUUAAUCAAAUUCGUUUUUUGUCAAUCUAUCUCAUUAUAGCCAUUCACUAGCUCAAGAGUGCUAAACUUUUGUAUCUCCUUUUUGUAAGUGAGAACGAGUUUUUUAUAACUUAAAAAUCUUUGGCUAGAUGUGUCUCAUCCACAAUUGCGUAGUUGUUGAGAUGAAUUAAUUAGUGCCUCCACUUGCAUUCCACGAGUACAGAGAGACUAUUUGUAGCAUCCCUCCUUAAGUUGGCGGAUUUGGCAAAAGAUUCCCCUUUGUAGGUUGUGGCUUCUCUGAAGGAUCACUUUAUUCAUUUACCCUUAAGAUUUUGCAUAUGUAUUUUUCACAAACUUCAUUCCCCCAUAAAAAUAAUAGGCGUCGUGGUAAGUCCAAAAGAGGGACAUCAUAAGAAGAGGAUAGAAAAAUACAUAUUAUAUCAAGAAGCCUUCAUUUUUGGCAGUGAUUUGAAAGUCUUCCAUAUAUCAAAAGAUCUUUUUCUUCGGUGAUGAUCCAUAAGUCUUCUCUAUAUCAACAAGCCUUCCCCUCAUGUGGUGAUCAAGAAGUCUUCCAUAUAUUAAUAGAAGUCUUCAUCUCUGUCAGUGAUCCAAAAAUUUACCAUCUAUCAAGAAAUCUUCCUCUUCUGUGGUGAUUCAUUAGUCUUCUACAUAUCAAGAAGCCUUCCUCUCAAGUGGCUAUAAAAAGUCUUCAUAAAUCAAUAAGCUCUUCUCUCAAGUGAGGCGUUUUCUGGGCGAGUCCGGGACGAGGCGUAUAAAAAACGCUUGAGGGCGCAAAUGGAAGGCGUUGAUCCAUAGGGCGUAUGCCCAAGGAUUUGGGGCGUAAGUUCCAAGCGCACAAGUAUAUGGCACCGAGGGGAGGUGGACCAAGUAGAUAUUCUGGAAAAAGGAAUGCAAAUCCACUGCCAUCUUCUCCUAUGUUGACUCCCGCACCUAAUCAAACACCAGUAUCACCUGAAUCGUCGGCACCAGAAACGCCGCAUUCAGUCGCAGCAGUCAAUGGAUCUGUACCAUCAUCAUCUUCUGAGCUUGAUACACCUAGAGAUGAAAUAGUAUCAACAAGUUCUUCAAACACAAUUGAUGGUACUCAUAUCCCAAUUGAAAUUGUCCUUGGAGGCCUGGAGCCGAGUAAUAACGUAUCUCGGGCAGUCACAAAAAUCUUCAAGGAGAAGCUAGAUCACGAAGGACAUAAUUGGAAGUCCGUUACACCAGAGACAAAGGACUUCUAUUGGGAGGAAUUUAAGAAACGAUUCCGAUGGGAUACUGCAAUCGAAGGUUCCAUAAAGGAUGCGUUUAUGAGAAAAUGUGCAGAGCGAUACAAAGGUAUGCUAUCUGAAGCAAGAGCCUCUGAGAAGAAGCGCAAACAUAUCCCGGCAUCUAUUUGGGAUAGCUGGAAGCCUCAUUGGGAGACUGACGCUUUUAAAGCCAAGUCCGCACAAUGUUCAAAAAAUCGAUUAAGUGAGAAAGGUGGCGAAGGAUCUGGCCCCUCACGCCAUACAGGAGGCUCUAGAACUCACCGAGAACAUGCAAGACUACUGGGUCUAGAACUAAGAAGACCACCUCAUCCACAUGAGCUUCUGAAGAAGACACAUCUCAAGGCGAAUAAUGAGUUUGUGGACCAGAAGUCUAAGAGCACAUAUGAUGCCGUAAUGUCUAAGAUUGCAUCUGCAUCGCAGCCUGAAGAUGGAUCCGAUGAGCAUCUAACAGUUGAUUUCUCAAAAAUUUAUUUGGAUGAAGUUGGCGGGAUUAAGAAGAAGCGCAUUUAUGGUCUUGGUUCUCAAGCACCUCUUUAUGGACAUGUUGGCGCAUCCUCCGCUUCAACAUCUCGACAUCCAGAUCUAGACUUUGAUGCUCGGGUGAAUGAAUGUGUCGGACAACGUAUGCAAGAAAUGAAGGAAGAGAUGAAGAAUGAGAUGAGAGCAGAGAUCAGAGAAGAGAUUAGACAAGAAAUGGGAGAAGAAAUGCGUGAAGAAAUGAGAUCAGAAGUGCAGCAAGAGGUGACUGAGCAAGUUGAUCAAAUACUCCAAGCACGCAAUAUGGAGGUUAUGUAGAAUUGUUGGCAGUUGCAGCAGGCUUUUGUUGAGAAGUUGGGCUAUGGGGAGAAUGAAACUAUUCCUGCUGGUAGUUUUGAAGAUGGUUGUUGGUGGUGGGAUGAAAACAAGACCUUAUCAUCAUGCUUUGCCUUCUUUCCACCUCUACUCAGCCAAACAAGGUAAAACCCUAUCCUCUAUCAUACUUCUAUGCAAUUCAUGGUCAAAUAAGGACAAAUCCUUAAUGGUAUCUGUUCAUUUGUGCUCGAUUCCUGUUCGUUUUCAUUCAAACGCACUGAAAAUCCCACAUCGAUUGGGAAUCAAAUUUUAGAGUUUUUGAGGUUCUAUAUGACGAACCCAUUCUUGACACAACACACACAAGUUUCCAUACAUAGGAAAAAAAAAACAAAUUUUCCUAGGGAUUUAGCAUAGUUGCUGAAACCUUUAACUAAUUUGAUUUCCUAGAUUAAAAUUUGAUUUUUUCUUUUGUGGCUGAGUUUGAGGGAGGAGAAAAAGCUUCAAUUUCAAUCUUGACAAGAGGUUGCAUAUAGAAAAGGUUUGAGAGUAAGGCUGCAGGUUUGGGCCAGGAUUGGACAAGAUUUGGUUUAUCACAUGAUCAAGCCAUUCAUGCAAAGGCUUAGCAGCUGCAGCAAUUCAUCAGCAAAAGCACAAUUCCAAGAAACAAUUUUUAAGCCAUCUGUUGGUCAAAAUCUGGUUUUCAAGAAUGUGAAUUUGCAGUUUUCAUAUUUUUAUCUUGUUUCACUUAUUUCUUAACAAGUUGUAGAACCAACUUAGGACAUCAUAUAAGUCUUAAGUUGGUCAUUAGAUUAAUUCUUGCAUUUUUAUUAGCCAGUUUGGCUACAUUUGUAAAGACUCUUUAUUUGCUUGCUUUUUAUAAAAUUUUAUAAAA